AUGCCUGUUCAUGCUGCCACCGUGGCUACUGCUGUAGGCGCACCGUCGACGCUGAAUCUAGACAACGAUCGAUCGCAUGAAUCCAUCUUGCGACUUGGCGACGAGCUGAUCUUUUACGAUCAAAAUAACAACAUGCUCACAGCCGAGAACCCUCUUGAAACUCGUGCCUGUGUACGACCGUCUCAGCCGUCGUUUCUCUCUACGCGCGACGCUAUGGGCACUAGCAUCUUUAGACUAGAACCACAGCAAUCACAUGCUGCACAAAAAGAACUCGAAACAUUUGUGGGCGAAGACGAUAUCGAAAGUCUUUCAUGUGAAGCGAGCAUCGAGGAAUUGGAGCAAUUAACCAUAUUACAACACAAGGCUGACAAGGAAAUUGCUCAAAAUGAAGCCGAAAAGCGUCGGCUAUUAGGCAAACCAGUGGUGUAUGGUCAGGUCAUUCAAUUAUUUAACCAGCAUUUUAAGAAAUACUUGACAGUGACAGGCAAAACAUGCUUCAACAACAAAGGUGCUCAACAUCGGUUGCAGGUCAAUUUAUCGAGCGAAUUUGUAGGCUACUUUAGGAUCAUGCCUCGCUACAGGAUCCGGUUUGUGGGCGAUGUCAUUCGCGUGGGCGAUACGGUGGCAUUGCAGUGUGUUCGACCUGAAGGCUACCUGAAUGUGGAUUAUGACAGCAGCGGAAAAUCAAACUAUGAAGUCUAUUCGCAUACUCGGCUGUCAUCGUGGACCAUGCGGCUGCAUUAUUCAUCCACAUCGGAUCAGGAUACCAAGCAUAUCAAGUAUACAAACGCUGGGCAGUAUGUCAGGUUUUAUCACAAGGAAAUGGAGUCUUAUUUAGAGGCGCCAUCCAUUUAUGGAAACAACGUCGUCAUGCUCAAAAAGCACAUUAUCAAUCCAUUGGAUCCCAAGGAAACAGAGUCGCCUCAAGCGUUUUGGGAGAUUGAGAAUGUGGACAUGUCUCGUGGAUCCAAGGUGCGCUGGAGGAAAUCCAUUCGAAUUCGACAUAUAGCCACACGAGCCUAUCUCUCUAUUGAUCCCAGCAACAUUCGUAUUGAUCCGGCCACCGGAAAGACCUGCUUGUCAUUGCAGCUGGUUAAAGAUCCACCUCGUCCAUUUGACUCGAGCCAGGACAGCACACUGUUUCAACUGGUGCCUGUGUCAGCUCCCUCCCUCACUGGAGUUCCUUACGGCUCGUUUCUUCGCAUCAAGCAUACGCUGACAGAUUGCUGGAUGCAUGCCGCCUCGAAUGAGGAUGAGGAUGCCGCUAGCACGAGUGCAAGCGAUGUGCCUAAAUUUACCAUUAGCAAUCCGUCUUGUUCCUCUUUGCCUGCCAGUUCGAAACCUACUAGACCGUCACCCCUUUUGCAAGCGCCCAGUAGUUUUAUGGCAACUAGAAUCCACCAUGAGCGAUUCAAUUCAACGGAAUCUCUCUUCUCCAACAUUAUGGACAGCCAGCAGCAACAACCCGACUAUUUUGAUGUGGAUAUGGUCAACGAUACGCUCCCAGACUUAUCUGAUGCUUACCUUGAUAUCUCUGCCGCCCAAGACUUGUACUAUCAUGAUUGUUUCUCCAUUACACUGGUAGAUCAAGAGUUGGCAGAUACCUUCAAUUACGCCAAUGAAAUGUUGCCACCUUUGCAGCGUUUCCUGUGUCAACCGAGGCCCAUCAACAAGGAUACGAGUGUCAGUUUCCCUAUCCUGCAGGAUGAAUACGAGUCCAUUGCCAACAUUCUGAGAGCAUUGAUACGGUUCUGUACAAAGAGCAAUGAAUCCGAUCCUUUGAAACGAGUUGGGUUGCCAAUUGAGUACCAUCAAAUACUUGUGCGAGAUAUAGGCAUCAUAAAGACAGUGAUUGAUAUGAUUGUCGUGCCCUUCAACCUUACGAAAAGGAGAAAGAUCAGAGAAAAGUUACAGCGCCAGACACAACAGUCGUUCAAGCAAGCUGUCGAUUGUACCACAACAAGCCCUGACGAGAAGGAAGUGACCCGAUCAGAAUUACUGCUGAAUACCCAAUUGAAGCACAUCUUGACACUCUGCUACCACCUUUUGCGCGUGUUCCUCGUCCGUAGACCAUCCGCCCUGCAAGAAGAAGACAAUGAUGGCACUGACAAUGAUGGACCAGGCAGAGAAAACCAGUUCUACGUCUUCAACAAGGCAGGUGAGCAGGGCAUUGCUUUGUUCAUUGAGCAUCUCUCGUACAAUGUAGGUGCUACUGAUAUGCUGAUUCGAUUGCUGGAAGUGGUGGAACAGCACAAUGUAAUUACACUGUCCAUUGUCACAUCGCUGAUUGAGAAAUCCCUCGUGCGGACGUGUGACAUUACUGAGGAGCUUAAGAAAGGUGUUCGUGUCGAGGACACGCAGCAAAGAGUCACCUGUAUAAGGCUAUUGAGCGCGUUGUGCCAAAAGGCAGCGAGUCCAGCCUCCUACCGCAGUAGCAAGAAUACCGCUAUAAAGGCUGACACCGCAUCUCUCUUCUUGCUGUAUCGCGAAAGAGUCAGGGAAGGCUUGUUCAGUCGUAGUGGAGCGUGUUUGCUGCAAACGAAGGUGGUAGAUAAGCAUGUGCAAGUUCAGUUUGUGAAUGAUAUGUGGUACGAUUUAGGCGACUUGCUCCAGCAGCAACCACACAUGCUGCUUUUCAUAGAAAGUUUGUUGGAUUUGGUGUAUUCCUUGUCUAAUGAAUCACAUUCCAAGACGGAUGGCUUCAUGAGUCAGUGUAUCAGCAGAGAAGUCUGCCUGUUAUGCCUAAAAAACACUGCUUUGCCUUGCACCCUUCGCUCCAAGUUUUGUGAUCUGUUGAGAGUCCUAUACGUAGAUGUAUCAACAUUUGAAAAGGUGGCUUUGACUGACUACACUAUUUAUACGCAAUCGAUCAACAACAAUACCGAAUACUAUCCAUUUGGGUCUUCUGGCAUCGAAGCUGAAUUCUUUCAGAGCCUCAAGCGUUGGAUAUUCCGUUUUCUAGAUAGUCGACAUCAUGAGUUUAUCGAGGACUCUGAUGAUAUCCAGUUCUUGUCGUCGGUCUUGCAGCUGGUGCAUACACAAUUACGUCUUGGAUUCUUUCAAAAAACAAGAGAUGUGGGUAUACUGUUCAGAGCACUUGUCCAUGUCUUGGAUGGACGCACAGAUGCAAGAAAUGAGGAGCACUGCAAGUACAUUACAGAUGUCGACACGCCUCGCAAAUGGCGUGAGCGGUAUGUUUUGACCGAGAAAAACAUGUUUGUCAUGAACACAAAGAUACAGAUACUGCAUAUUUUCGACUUGAUAUUUGAUUUGCGACUUCGAGUGAGAAUGUCCAAACUAGCAAACACUUGGAAAGUGGUGACAGAAAAUGACGCAGCAGAAUACCACACGUCUCCGAAUGCAUCAGGACUUUUGCUCAUGCUGUCCGUAUUUGAAGAGACAGAACUGAGGGACAGAGAGGAAAGUCUCAUGCCAAUACUAAAGGAUAUUCUCAAGUAUCAAUAUGCUCCUCUCAAAGAGAUAGUCGUUGUCGUCAUGCAUAGGCUGUUUACAGACAGUCAAGAACUGUUCAAGGAGGUAGCCAAUGCUGUUGUUCUUAGAGACCCUGAGCAAGCUCAAGUCUACAAGACCAUCAAGCAGCAGCUAACACAACUGCAACGUAUUGUCUACAGUAGUAGAUUCACUGACGAUCACUGCCUUUUGCACCUGUCGCAGAUAUCCAACAUCACUCAAGAGCUGCAAGAGCUUGUUACAGUGCCAACCGACAGCGAAGGUGUCCCCAUUUACGAUGAAAGCGUCUACUGUCGCAUCUUCAAAAGCCUCGAUGCCUGUGAUUUCCUAGUGGAUGUGCUGGUAUCUUUGCUAAACAUCUCUGCCAAGCACUACCACGCCUACAUUGACACUAUCAAUGCCUGUUUGGGCCUUCUCUGCACUAUCACCAGUAACGAUAAGGAGCUGCAAACUCAAUUUGUGCUCUCCAACAUGGAUCUGCUCAUCAGUUUGACUGAACUCUCAGCAAAGAUUGCAGUGACGUUUGCGCAAUUAUGCUCCAAUAACCUGUAUCUCAGUGUUCACAUCAAAGAGGACCAUAUCAUUCGUCUGCUAGAGAUAUCUGAGGGUCAUCAAGGCGAGUAUUUGCUUGUGUUUCAUGAUCUCAUGAAGACACAGGGCAAGUUUAUCAAGCGAAACCAGGAUAUCGUGAUGCGAUUCUUUAUGGACCACCGUCAAGACUAUGUACCCUUUGAUUCUGUGGAAAAGCUCAAGAGCAUGCACAAUUCGGAUUACUGCAUUCAUCUGAUCAGCAUGCUGGCUAUUUGUGGGCAAGGCGAGAACACGUUUGGUCAGUCUUUUGCACGCACUAUAUUCUCCAUCCAGGACAUUUACGACAUUGUGCACGACCAACAUGUAUCCAUCCAGCUCAAAUCAGUCAUGCUCAAGUUUUUGGCCUCCAUUUACAUUGAGGAUGUCGAGUUGGUAUCAGAAGCACCCAUCUAUGAUAAUGAAAAUAUCGUUCAAUUAAUCAAAUUUUCAGAAGAUGCCAUCACUCAAUGCAUCUACACGUCGUCGCCAUCAACACAACAGCAAGACCAGAGCAAUGACUAUUACGUCCUUGUCUUUCGUGGCGUCCUGGCAUUCCUGAGAGCUGUAUUUGAGUACCACAUCUCAAUUGAGAUAGCAGUGUAUGAGAUUUAUCGCUACACACACUUGGUCGACCUCACUGUCAAACUACUGCCUCUGGCCUACCGAGAUGAAAAAGCAUUGCAAGCAAAUUUGGCUUGCUUGGAUAGUAUGAUUAACGUAGCAGGCUUUAGAGGUAGUAUGAGCCCCAGGGAGCUACGUGAUAUUCUCAAGGAUGCUACAAUGACACUGGAUAGGCUGUAUGCUAGAAACCGCCAUCAUCAUCAGGAACAGCAAUCCACCUUUACAUCCAUCAGUCAUUUGAUGUCUAUUCAGGAUACAGUGAAUAUCAGUUUCCAAAAACUGUUUCAGGAAAUCAAAACUAGUAAAGCAGUAGAACAGUACCAGCAGCAAGAAUUUGAUAGGCUCUGUUCUCAUUUUAGCUUGUCUGGCGACAGCGCCAUGGAUACAGACGGUAGUAUCGAGUCUUUGAUCGCCUAUCUUUCUACCAUGACGACAUCGAAAGUCAAUAAACGGGUUGAGUAUUAUCAAGUAGCGACUAUCAAAUUACUCGAAGAAGUGUCCCGAAAGUACAUUCGACAGAGGACCGAGACGGAUCCCAAUGCAAAUCCUAGCCGUUAUGAAGCACUAGAAAAGAAAAAGGUCAAGGCUCAAAACGCAUUGAAUGAUUUGGGCUGUACACUGGUGGCUCAAAACUUGCUCUCGUCCCCUAGACGACGUAUCUUUGAUGCUGCUCUUAAGCUACUGAUCUCGUUGCUCGAUGGAGGCAAUAAGAAUGUUCAGGACAAACUGGAAGAAUACUUUUACAGCAUUCGAGAAGAAAGGUUCUUUUAUUCGUUCCAUCAGCGCUUGCAAAGCGGCAUCAACUCAUCCAAAGACGCGCAAAUCUAUCUGACGAGACGGAUGUACAAGAUGAAUCGCCAACAACACAUGCUGGACAAUGUCAUGCAGCAGCAAGAAAAGGCCACUAAUAGCACUGUUACUAGACGCAAAAAGAGCAAAUCCAUCAGUCUGGUGGAAUCUAGCUUUGCCGCACCCAUUGCAGCUAGCAAAAGAAACAGCUACCAUAUGAUGGCUCGAAAAAGAGCAUCCAGUAUCUAUGUCAACCAGCAGCAACCAUUGUCCAUAGAGUGUAAUGAGCUGUACAAGGAUAUUUCACAAUUGAUGGUGACCAACAGUGAAACAACCUCUGAAUUUGGCUCUACAGCAAAAGACUUUAAAGUGAUGCAAGAUACAAUGAGAACACUGCAACUGAUGGUGGAAGGACACAACCUACACUUGCAAACAUACCUGGCCAAGCAGCCCGACAACAUCAAAAGCUUCAAUAUUGUAUUGGAUGUGGUUGAAUACUUUCAUGCUAUUGUGCCUCUUUGCAAUGAGCAGAAUAUAAAGUUGAUCAUACAAGUGUUGGAUACAAUUACAGAGCUGGCACAGGGCUGCUUGCAAAAUCAAGUAGCCAUAUUUAACAACAAGAUUAUCAAUCCUGUCAACACCAUCUUGAGGGAAGCAUACACUAGCUGUGAUCACCAGCUUGUGAAUGAGUUGAAGUCCAAAGUGGUGACAUGUCUUCUCAGUUUGCUCGAAGGUGGUAUUGAAAACAGUGAAACCAUCUACAAAGAAAUGAUCGAGUCUCUUGAUUUGGCCACUGUCAAGAGCAACAUGGAUGCAAUUUACAUUGAGAACCUCGCAAGCCUCAACUCCAAAAACGUGUAUGAGAAACUAGAGUGUGGGUUUCUGUAUGCUAUUCUGGUUAUGACACUCGCACCUGCCAUCAAAGAUCAAGAGCAAAGCGCCAUGUUUUUUGAAAAGAACGAUGCAUUUGAUUACUUUCAGAGCCAUACAGGCAAAAUUGAAAUAUUGAUGGAUUACGGCCAAGAAAAGCAACUGACUCGCGUAUUGUUUCCUGUUCCUGAAAUCUGUCAAUAUCUAAGACAGGAGACAAAGCAGCGAUUUUUGUGGAAUGUCAAGCGGGAGUCGCCUUCGAGCAAGAUUGAAGAUUUUGUUCAGCAAUCAGACAUGAUUAUAUACGAGAUUGAAAAUCAAGCGCAUGUGGCUCACAGUAAAUACCUAUCGUUCUUGACAGAGUACAGUGCCUUUUGGUGGGAGUCAGCAUACGGUGUAUCCAUUCUUUUGAAUUUGCUGCUCAUGAUGUACCCGAAUCUACUGGUGGAUGCAGUCAACACGCAUAGCAGCAACCAGAAGCCGUUUCUUAUUUUGUGCUGUCGGUAUCUGUUGGGCCUGGUUCAUUUAGGCUUCUGGCUACUACUGACAGCAGAAUUCUACUUUAUUCAACUACCCGUGCUGAUCAAUCGCCGUCAUGGGCCUCAUGUUCGCACCUUUAUCUGGGCAAGAACAUUGACCGACUCAAAAUUUCUAUAUCAUAUCCUCAUGGUGUUCUUUUCCGCCAUUGGUCUCGUGUAUCCAGGUUUCUACUCUUUGCAUUUGCUGGAUUUUGUGUUUCGAGAUAGCAUCUUGCAAGGUGUCAUUUCAAGUAUCACUUUGAAUGUGCAUUCCAUUUCUCGAACUGCCAUUUUAGGUAUCAUUGUCAUCUACAUUCAUAGUAUUGUUGCCUACAUGUAUUUCAGAAAGGAGUUUGAUGUCUCUAAAGGCUUGUUUUGUGGGUCGCUGAUGGAGUGCUUUGUUACUGUUCUUUCACAUGGUGUCAGAUCGGGUGGAGGUAUUGGCGACAUAUUGGAGCCUGAUGAAUUGCACAAACCAAGUGGAUGGCGAACAGCGUUUGAAAUGUCCUUUUAUCUGGUUGUCGUUGUAUUUUUACUGAACGCUAUUUUUGGUAUCAUCUUUGAUACCUUUGGGCAUCUCCGUGAUGAAAGAUCGUCUAUCCAACAAGAUAUGAAAAAUUCCUGUUUCAUCUGUAGUAUACCAGCAGUCGAGUUUCAGCGUCAUGCAAAGAAAGGGUUUGAAGAUCAUGUCAAAAAUGACCACAACAUCUGGCAAUAUCUGUUCUUUUUGGUGCAUCUCAGGAACAAGGACAGGACUGAAUACACAGGACCAGAGUCCUAUGUGUCUGGAUGUCUCAAGAAUGCUGAUUACAGCUUCUUUCCUAUCAACAGAGCAUUGGGAUUAUCGACAGACGAGCAAGACGAUACUGAGAGACUAGAUAGAUUGGAAGAGAUGAGUCAGCAGCUGUUGGACAAACUAGCCAAGUUAGAGGAACACUUGGACAAGCUGACCGACCAUCAAAUUCGAUCAAGACAAAAUAGUUUUAUGCUGUCUCCAAUGUAA